AUGUGCCGGUGGACCCUAAUAAUCAGAGCCCGAUUUCAACGCUCUCGUCUUGUAGUAUACCAUCUGCCUCGAGAUACCUCGACGAAAUCGCGCUUCUAAAACGUGGAAAGAUUACUCGCGAUACUCCCAAGCACACGUAUAUGAGAGGAAAAUCUAAAGAAGAAGAAGUUCUGAACGCACAAGAAGAGUAA